AUGGAGGAGGUCAGGGCGGAUGGUCGCAAUGGUCAACAACUAAGACCACUGGUUUGUACACGAAACCUGCUCCACCGGGCUCACGGCUCUGCUCAGUGGUGUCAAGGUCAGAAAUCUGCCUCCUUUCCCUUUCCCCAUCCUUUUGUCAUCCUGUGGAGUUGGAUGGUAAUAUUUUAUGCGUUGGUUCAUAUCUUCCGCCAUGUUAGCCUACAUUCUCGUGUAUUUCAUUCAGGGGACACCAUAGUGUUGGCUGCUGUGUAUGGCCCAAAAGCUGGAACAAAGAAAGGGGAGAACCCUGAGAAAGCAUCAAUUGAAGUUAUUUGGAAGCCAAAAACUGGACAGAUUGGUAAUUAGCAGUUCCUGACGAUUUAUCUGCUUCACUGUGAGAGUAAAGCUCAUUGCGUACACCUGUGCUUGAUUUUCUUACUAUUUAGUGUACAAUUGGGUGUGAAAAUAAUUAAAGCAUUCAGGGUGUUUUAUCCUUGUUAUAAGCUUCCCUAUGACAUAGAUAAACGGAAUGAGUUAGUGUAUGGCAUCCAGGGAGUUGCUAACAUGUUUCACCUUUGCUCUAUCGUUUUUUGGAAAUGAAGUAAACUUAGGUGACGUAAUUAAUUGUAUGACGUCUUCAACAACUAUAAACAUUAAGAAGCGUCGUCCUAAAACUGGCAAAAGACUUGAUUAUUAUUUUUAGUGUAUGUAAUUUAUUUUAUGAAUAUUCCAUUGGACUUUGUGAUCAUAUUCAUCCAAUAAGUUGAGUUUCUGGUUUAUUAAUUGCUACUUGUUUUCUAGGUAAAACAGAAAAACAGUAUGAAAUGAUCUUGAGAAGAACUCUCCAGAGCAUAUGCAUUUUAACGAUUCAUCCAAACACCACAACCUCUGUCAUACUUCAGGUGAAGUGGUUUCCUGUGAUCUUUUUGGUGCAGUUCUAUUUCUUGCGUUGCGAACAUUUUUUUUCCUCAACAGAUUCUGUCUUCACCAUUUAGGAUCUCUAUUUUCACGUUAUUUUUAACACAUUGAAAAAAACCAGUAUUAUAUUUUAAUCUGGAACAUCACGAUUCAUCCCUCUGUGCUUUGAUAAACCUGUCCUAGGUGAAUGCACCAGACAUUUCUUUCAAUGCUAUCCUCUGUGUUGAAUAUGCUGCAUUAUAUUUCAGUCUAAAUCAUCCUAUUUAGAAAUUAUUCUUUCUUGGAUUUUCAAUCUAUUGGUUGCAAUCCAUGUGUUCAGCACCGAUCUGUAUUUCGGGAAGCAAAGUACCAUGUUCAUAAAUGAAACAUGUCAGUUAAGUUGAUGGUUAUCUUUCAUCUAAGGGUUAUAUUACCGUAACCAUUGAAAACUUUGGAAAAAGAGAUUUCAUCGCAGGAAGUAAACGAUACUGAAAAAAAAUCCAAUUAGUGCAUCGUAGAAGACAAUUUAAUGAUGUCUGGUUUGUUAUCAGAUCCAAGAUGGGCGGCCAAUUUGAUUUUUGAUGCCUUCAUUUUAGUUUGGAGUCUCUGCUUGUUGAAUUGGGUGACUAGUAUAGUUGUGUUGUACCCUCAAAAGAUGUCUCAAUAUUUAAGUUUUAUACAUGAUGUGGAAGUUUACUAGCCUUUCAUAUGUUGAUAUGAUGGAGAUAUUGUCACCUGACCAUGAACUGUUUUUGGCCUGUGUAGGUUGUCAGUGAUAGUGGAGCUGUAUCCUUUUGGAUUUUAUUUUGUUUUGGCGAUGAUAAUAUUCCUGUGCUGUACAUUUGAAUUUCUUUGUUUGGCGCAUUAUUUUAGGUAUCUGCCUCAAAUGUCGUGUUCGUGUCAAUAAAUUUCCUUCAUGAAAACCAAUAGCUUCUCCCAUGUGCUAUAAACGCAUCAUGCGCUGCACUUGUAGAUGCUGGUAUACCUUUAAAACAUCUUGCAGGUAUGUCAAGUGUGGUGCGUUCAUUUAUUUUCAUUUCACUUCCUUAUCUCAUUACAUUUUUCUUGUGAACUUCUGUAGUUUCAGUAUCUUGUGGUUUGACACAAAAUGGGUCUCUCAUUCUCGACCCCUCAAAAGUUGAAGAACAGGUAAUCGGAUUUUUUUCGGUCUAGAAAUAGCAUUAAGAUGAACGGAUUAUGCUGACAUUGUGGUACCUUGAGUAUUGCUUCGUCUUUGGGACAAUGCCAGGAACUGUACUACAUUGAUGCCAUGAAGUCAAUCUAAACCCAAUACUGAUAUAUAUGUAUAUACGCAUAUAUACAUAUACAUAUAUAUAUGUAAAUGUAUAUAUAUAUAUAUAUAUAUACGUUGGCAGGACAAAUGAUCCAUUGGGUGAAAUCCCACGUAUGAUUACUGGUAGUUACAAACAAUCUGAGAGCAUAAACCCAGGAAUCUUGUGCCAGAGCCGUGUUCCUGUUCAUGUCCAGUGUCUUGUGAGGACAGGACUCCGUUGAAGUGAAUCUCCGUCAGUUUAUACACGAUUCAGGGAAAAUUAUAUUGAUUUCAUGUGUCUAGAUUUUGCCGUGGCUUAUUUUAUGUAUCCCUAACGUUGGUUCUUGCUGCAAGGCAGGAGUUACAGGCCUUUGUGUGCAUGGCUUUUCCCAACUCUCCUGUAACGGUCCUCCCUGAGGCAUCGUCGUCCAAGGAGGGUGAGCCCAUGGAACACGGAAUAAUUACUUCCACUUCUUAUGGUUCGAUGUCAGGUAAAUCUUUCUCUGGAAUUUGUUGAGUAUGUGGAAAUUUGGUGAUGGGACAUAUUUUUAAUGGGCAAUGUUCAUAACUUAGAUUUUUCAUUUUCUGUGUUCUCUUCUCUUCUCUUCCCCUGCAUUUCAGUUAAUGACUACCUUUGCUGCAUCGAGUAUGGCCGAGCUGCCAGUGCAAAAAUAUCCGAGUUUCUCAGGAGAAGCUUGGAGACGGAGCACAACCCGUGA